CCGGCAGAACGAGCGGCUGCAGGGCGAACAAGCAGACGGGCGGCGCGUCCGCCACCGCAGAGAGGUGGCGGGAGGAGAGGAGAGAGAGGGGUGCACGGCCAUGGAGGCGAGCAGCAGCCGGGGCCGGGGCGGGAGCGGGAGCGGGAGCGCGGGCGUGAAGCGCCGCAGGGGAAACGGCGCGGGGGUGGGGGCGACGGCGCAAGCGCUGAACGACGACACCCUCCGCUCCGUCUUCUCCCGCCUCGACGACCACUUCGACCUCGCCCGCUGCUCCGCCGUCUGCAACUCAUGGAAUAGAGUUAUUGACACAGCUCAUCUGAUGAGGGAUCUAUAUUACAAGAGGAAUCCACAAGCAAGAAGUUCAAGGUCUAACAUUUCAAUAAAGAGUUACUUCAAGGAGCUUGCACUUGAUGAACAUGCCUUGUCUUUCUCUAGAGGUCCUUCUGAAGUUUAUCAGUGGAUUGGUCAUCCUAACCGGGCCACCAUAUGCCGUAUGAAGAGUGGCUCAAUCUUAACUGGUGUUGGAGAUAAGUUUCUCCGACUUUGGUCUGCUGAAAGUUGCAAAUACAUGAACGAGUACAAUGCUCCAAACAAUAAAGUACUGGUUGACUUCGAUUUUGAUGAAAAUAAGAUUGUAGGUUUGACUAGCUCGCAGCUUUGCAUAUGGAGACGUAGUGAGCCAAGAAGUAUUUUUCAAUCUCAUGGGGCCUCAUUCAAUCAUGGCUUAUGUAUGAGUUAUGCUGAUCCAGAGGUUGUUAUUGGUUGCGACGACGGUAGAGCCUUUGUAUAUGAUAUGUACAGCAGGAGUUGCUCAAGCAUCUUCCGGCUUCACUCUUCUCCCUUGACAUGCUUGACAAUAACAGAUGACCAGUUCAUUGCUGCUGGUUCUACAUUUGGAAAUGUAGCUAUUGCAGAUCAAACCUCUGGACAGAAGUUAGGUGUUCUGAAAUCAACUUUUGCACCAACAGCAAUGAGAUGCUUGUCAUUCAGCACAAGUGGGCAGCUAAUGUUCGCGGGCUCAUCUGCUGGUUACGCGCACUGCUGGGACUUAAGGACCCUCAGGCCUCUCUGGGAAAAGCGAGUUAGCCCAAAUGUCAUCUACGCCACACAUCACUUGCCAGGUGACACAGCAACACUGGCAGUGGGCGGCAUUGAUGGUGUGCUCCGCCUGAUAUGCCAAAGAACUGGUGAAAUCAUCCGAAGUUUCAUAGUUGAUGCGGACCGCCCAGCAGAAUCCAGCUCCCGGCAGCAAGUCGAAAAGAAACUCGUGCGCCAGGUUGCUCCAGAUGCCCGGCUCGACAACAUCCCCACACGCCUGCGCCCUCAGAUUACUUGCCUGUCGGUAGGCAUGAAGAAAAUUGUGACCACACAUGGCGAAAACUAUGUUCGUGUCUGGAAGUUUCGCCCGGAGAGUUCUUAGAAUGAUCAAGGAUAGGCCAGGCACCUGGUUAUGAAUGCUUAGCAACACCUGCUUGUAAAGGAGGAGAUGAUACUAGCUAGAUACAUGUUGUAUUUACAUCUGUCUUGUGAGAUAGUGGUAUGACAUGCUGGUUCCCCCAAGGCACCUAAAUCAUCUUAAUUAUGAUAUAUGGACCAGAGGACUUGUUGUGUAAAACAUUGUUGUAUCGUGAUUCACAAUGGGUGAAAAAAAAGGUGAGGAUUCAGGAUUCAUGUUGAGUUUGGUUGUUUAAAUUUAGUUUUAAGAUAUUUCCACAAUGUGGC